UUCCGGUUGAGCGCACCCGGAAGAUUUGGAUGCAAGUUUCACUGCUUCACCGUGCAUCCAUAUGCUCGCUACUUUAAACGUUUUCAUGUGAUUGGGGUGCUUUUUAUACACAGUAUUAUUUGCAACAAUGUUAUCUUUUGAUUUCCUCGACGAUGUUCGUCGCAUGAAUAAGCGGCAGCUCUAUUACCAGGUGCUGAACUUUGGUAUGAUUGUUUCCUCUGCGCUGAUGAUCUGGAAAGGAUUGAUGGUUGUCACAGGCAGUGAGAGUCCUAUUGUUGUCGUUCUCAGUGGGAGUAUGGAGCCAGCUUUCCACAGAGGAGACCUGCUGUUUCUGACCAACCGGGUAGAGGAUCCCAUCAGAGUCGGAGAGAUUGUUGUCUUCAGGAUAGAGGGCAGAGAGAUCCCAAUAGUACACAGAGUACUAAAGAUCCAUGAAAAGGAAAAUGGAGACAUUAAGUUCUUGACCAAAGGGGACAACAAUGCAGUGGAUGACAGAGGUCUGUACAAGCAGGGCCAACACUGGCUGGAGAAAAAGGAUGUGGUGGGGCGAGCUAGAGGGUUUGUGCCAUACAUUGGAAUUGUCACCAUUCUCAUGAAUGAUUACCCCAAGUUCAAAUAUGCUGUUCUCUUCAUGCUGGGUCUCUUUGUGUUGGUCCAUCGGGAGUGAGGUACCCAGACUUCAGGGCUCAAAAGGAUAAACUUCGUCCAGGAAACCUCAGUCAUGCCUUCAAAACAGACUUAAAGGACCAGUGUGUAGGAUUUAGUGGCAUCUAGCGGUUAGGUUGCAAAUCGUAAUUGAGUAUCCCUCCCCUGCCCCUCCCUUUCCAAGUGUUAAGGCGAACCAACAGUGUUUGCAAAACUCGCGAAAAACUGUAAAAAGCCCUACCUAGAGCCAGUGUUUGGUUUGUCCUCUCGAGCUACUGUAGAAACAUGGCGGUGCAACAUGGCGGGCUCCGUGGAAGAGCACCUGCUCCCUAUGUAGAUAUAAAUGGCUCAUCCUCAAGUAGUGAAAACACAACAAUUCUUAGUUUUACUAAUUGACACUUCUACUACUUUUGAAUAUUAUAUUCCAUUUCUUCUAAGUCAGUUCUGCUAGAUGCCGCUAAAUUCUGCACAAUGUACCUUUAAGAUAGACUUUGUCAAACCCAACUGGCUUUUUUGUACCAUUUGUUUGAACAUUUUGUAGAAACGUGGAUAGGGUGUUUACAUUUGAAAAAAAUUCAAGCUUUAAAAAUAUUUUUGUGAGGUAACUAGGCUAGAUUAAGUUUGAAGUCUAUCUUUAUUUGUUAUCCUCAGAAUGUGACUGAACAUUCUUUAAGAUAAAACGAGUCUUGUUUAUUUCCUGUUGAAUCAUUGUCUUUGAAAAAGAUAUGUGAAGUAUUUUGUGACAACAAAAUAUAAAUGAUAUUAAAUAUGAAAUCUGGUUACCAUCCACUAUGAAUUAUUUUAACUUUUUGUGUCAAUUUUUUUGGCCCCUAUUCAGCCACUGUAAAGAGCAGAUACUAUGCAGUGUGGAGCUAAAAACAUUUUUUGAGGGUGAGUGAGCACUAGUGAUCUGAAAAAUGUAAAACUCAAAAUGUUUAUUGUGGCUAAAUUGUGUUUUUAUUAAUGUAAAGAAUAUGAUUAAUUUACAUAAAAGCAGACUAGUCUUCUGUCCAGCUUUGGGUUUAGCAUGUGAUGAGCAAUAUCUCUCCUGGAAAUCUUUUAAAAAUACCUUUUUGACAGAGUAAUGUUUUUUUUGUACUUGCUGUUUAAAGAGAAACAUGCAUUAAAUGAACAUUUUAAGCAUUGUUA